AUGGGCAAGCGCAAGGCUGCAGCUAACGACUCCGGCGAAGAGUACGAACAGCCAGACUCGGACAAUGACCAGGAUCAAUCCUCUUCGGACGAGAACGAAGUCGUCGAACCUGAGCCGGCCCCACGCAGCAAACGAACUCGAAACCCUAGUAGCAAACAAGAUGCCAUCAACAGUGGUACAGAGGCUGCCAAAAUCGCGGCGCUUCAAAAGCAGAUUGAUAAGCUCAGGAAGACUGGAAAGAAGGGGGCUAAAAGUGUGGCGCGUGCUGUUGAAGACGAGAACGACCUUGAAAGCCAAGACGAGGAUGAUCUGGGCUUGGCAGCGUUCAAAGGCAGCAGCAAGACCAAGGCUGUUAUCGUGAUGGGUGACACCGGUAGGCCUGAAGGACUCAAUAUACGCGAAGUCGCUAGGUCCAAGCCCUCCAAGUCGGUCUCAGGAAACGGGCCAGUUCAAGCAGUACAGGCCAUUGGCCGACACCGCUCCACAAGUACCCGCCCAUUGGAGGUACAGAAAGCAAACGGUAGAGGGCAACAGACCGUUGAAAGCUAUCCGGACGGUUCACCGGACAUAGCAGUUGACGAAACUGAAACGACUUCCUCAUCGCACAAACAGACCACCGGCGCCGCUGAGGCACAAGCGGAUCCUGGACGAAACGAUGACGGGAGCAAUGAAGGUGCGCGGAAGAAGAAGAAGCGAAAGACGACUGACAGCGGGAAGGAGCAGGUACUAACUGAUACCGCGAAAGCAAUUCCGCCACCGUUGAAUCCUGGCAUUAGCCCAACUUCGACUAAAGUGAGGGCGGGCGAUUACCCCGACACCGUCAAGCCAAUCAUACUUGCUGCGGUCAAACGUUACAAGGCGCCGCUGCUCAGCCUUGGUGGGUACAUAGCCGACACUGAUCGCUUCAAGUGGGCAGGCCAUAGCUGGAUAGACGAGUGCCGCGAAAGGGAAGCGAACUAUACGUCUGAUCUCCGUGUCUGCAAAGUUAUCAAGGCCCGCGGCCCAAACAUACGUGGUGAUGCCAUGAAGGCACUUCGUCCCAUCGUUGUUGCGGUGUUCGAGUUCAAGUCCCCACCUAAGUACAUCAAGAGGAACAUCAGGAUCUACGAGCAUCUGAAGAAGGGCGGCUGGAGUUUUCAGUACAAGGAUAUCGAUAAUCAAUCAGGCUACGCAGAAAGCCCUCACAUCGUCAAAAUGAUCGUUGCCGUUCUAUUGGGAUCGAGUCGCGAUGCCGGUAUACUCUACCCAAAGAUGUUUAGGCCAAUCACGCUUGAAUUCCUUGCGUUUCUUUUCACCAUGGUCCAAUUCUGCAUUGAGGAAUGGUCUACAGGCCAGUGGAAUAGUGCGGAGCUCGACGAGGAUGUGCAGCAGCUAUGGUACGCUGCACAUCUCAGUCAGCUACAGGCUUGGGAGGCCUCCUCCAAGAGAGUCAAUCCCGAAAGCGAGUUUUGUGUCAACUAUCGCAAGAAGAUGUUCGACAAAGCGCUGAAGCAGGCAACGUUCAAGCCCAAGGGCGAGUCAUCGGGAGCCGGUUUCUCAGUGGAAGCUCAGAAGCGUAUCGAGGAGGAGCUCGCUAUGAGGACGGGAGAGACGGACAGUGAGGAGGGCAGUGAUAUAGUGUCAGAUUCGGAGCGAGAGAUUGACGCCCGUGUGGAACGUAGGCAGGGUGACGGUGCAUCUGCACAUGGCGCGAACGGUGUUGACGGUGCCGCCGACUCUUAA